AUGACCUAUCGAGUUUCCGCCCCCGACGAGUACCUCGCCAUCACUGGCAUGGGCAUCAAAAAUGUCCGCAUCACCAAAUCCGCCUGGGUCUGGCCCUUCCAGCGCUGCACCCGCUUCAGCGUCCAGCCCCAGGACUACGCCAUGGACCUGCUCGCCAUGACCAAGGAGAAGCUGCAGUUUGCUCUGCCCGUCGUCUUCACCGUCGGUCCCGAUGUGGACUCGCGCGGCGCCAACACCAACGCCGCCGCUGCCGGCGACGGCGACGACCAACUUGCGCGCGAGGAUCGCGGCGAUGCCCUCACAAAGUACGCCAUGCUGCUGUCUCAGAGCGACGACGGCAAGGGCGACGGCGACGAGAAGAGACGCCACCUCGCCAACAUUGUCAAGGGCAUCAUCGAGGGCGAGACCCGCGUACUCGUGUCCAGCAUGACCAUGGAGGAAAUCUUCAGCGAGCGUGAAAUGUUCAAGAGGCGCAUCUUUCGCAACAUCCAGGCCGAACUCGACCAAUUCGGCCUGCGCAUCUGGAACUCCAAUGUCAAAGAAUUGAAAGAUGCACCGGGCUCCAACUACUUCUCGUCCCUCUCCCGCAAGGCCCACGAGGGCGCCACCAACCAAGCCCGCAUCGACGUCGCCGAGGCGCAGCUCAAGGGCAACGUCGGCGAGUCGGCGCGCCACGGCCAGCAGGAGCGCGAAAUCGCAAAGAUUCACGCCGAGACGGCCGUGCAAAAGACGGAGCGCGACAUCGAGCGCGCCCAGGCCGUCGCCCGUCUCGCCACCCACAAGACGGCCCUCGACCGCGACGUCAACAUUGCCAAAGUCACGGCGGAGCGCACCCUACAAAGCACGGACGAGGACCUGAAGAGAGAAGUCGAGAUUAAGCGCGCCGGCGCGGAGCUUGAGCGGCUGAGGGCCACGGACCUCGUCAAGGCGACGAUUGAAAAGGAGAGCAAGCAGCAGGAGGCCGACGCGGCCGCGUACAAGGUCGCGGCGGACGCCAAGGCAUCGCAGGAGGCCAAGCAGCACGACGCAGACGCCGAAGCGUACAGGAUCAGACUAGACGCCGAGGCGAGCAGCUACGCGACGCAGCAGUUGGCCGAAGCGGACAAUUUUAGCAAGUUGAAGGAGGCAGAGGGCGUGGCGGCCAUGGCCGACGCAUACGCCAAGAUGUCGACGGCGCUCGGAGGGCCCGCGGGCUUGCUGCAGUACCUCAUGAUUGAGAAGGGCACCUACGUCGAGCUGGCCAAUGCCAACGCCGAAGCCAUCCGCGGUCUCGAACCCAAGAUUUCCGUUUGGAACACGGGCAGCGCAGCAGGUGGAAGCAACGGCGCGAAUGAUUCGGCAGAGACGAUGCGCAACAUAUACCAGAUGCUGCCGCCGCUCAUGACGACUAUCAAUGAGCAGACGGGCAUCACCCUCCCCGAGUGGCAGUUUGGCAAAAUGGCCGCUGUUCAAAAGGCAGUGCAGCAGGAGUAA